AUGAGCUUGAUCAGAAUGUUGAGCGACGGCCCCGAAGUGUCCUUCAACGGGUCUUGUCACGGCCUUACUCUUGGUCGUGCGGCCCUAGCUCUCGAUUCCGUUAGAGAUGCUAGGCAGCCUUCUCACAAGCUCUCAAACUCACUCAACUCACAAGAACAAGACACAAGAAGAUGGGAGAACUCUAUAGUUGUAUUGCUCACAAAAAUGAUGGAUGAGUUACAAGUGAGGGAGAUGGCUCCUUAUAUAGGCCUCUCCUCAUACAAGGCAUCAAUGCCCCUCAUAAUGUCCCUCUACUACAUCAAUACACCCAUUAAGUCCCCCCCAUUAUGCACUCUAUAA